GACGGCCUUCCGGACGGGAAAACCCCCUUAGUGUGACGUAAUGCCGGCAUGUGGGCAUGGUCGGUGUGCAUGUUUCGUCACGUGACGCCGGUAUUUGUGAGGGCGGAACACUCCUGUGACCGGCUCUUGCUGUUGAGAGUAGUACGGCGCUGCCGCCCUGUGUGUAUGAAAGCCAUCUACAACACCCUCAGUCAUCAAAUCUGGAAAACUACAGGUAAACUGGAGAAAGAAAAUUAGGUUUUUCGUCAUAGUUGACAUUGCGGAAUUAUGCUGCCCAAGGACCGAAAAGGAGAAACGAUCAGUGUUUGGGUGCGAGACCCUAAAAUACAAAAAGAUGAUUGGCAUUCGUACCUGGAUUAUGAAAUCUGUAUCCACACCAACAGUAUGUGCUUUACACUGAAAACUUCUUGUGUCCGAAGGCGGUUUCGGGAAUUCGUAUGGCUACGCCAGAAGCUUCAGAGCAAUGCAGUAUUAAUUGAUCUACCAGAAUUGCCACCCAAAUCACCGUUUUUUAACCUUAAUAAUGCACAGAGUGUGGAGCAGCGUGUCCGUGGCUUACAAGACUUCUUGAAUAAGGUCAUGCAGUGCCCGGUGCUGCUCUCAGACAGUAAGCUUCACCUAUUCUUACAAACUCAACUCACUCCGGAAGAAAUCGAAGCCUGUGCGUCUGGACAGACAAAAUACUCUGUUUCUGAAGCCAUUCAUAAAUAUGCCACAUCAAACCGAAGGUUUCCUGUGGAGAAGGAAGAACAAACAAGUUGUCACUCGGUUCCUGAGAGCUCACCCUCUUCACUAGGACACAAAAAGGAUGGCCGCAUUCUGCACGGCUGCAAACCUGGGCAAGAGCAAGGAGACACGUGGAGAACAAUGUUAGCUCCGUCCCCUCCCAAGUAGAACAUAGAUCCUCAACUGCAGACACCCAAGUGCAAUUCUAAAGGGGGGUAUACACGGGAGAGAUGUGUGCUGAGCGAUGCUGGGGGAGGACGGGGGCCGCUCACUUCACCCAGCGGGUGAAGUGAGCGACCCGCUUGAUUGGCCUGCAUGCAGGCUCAAUCUAGCAGCGGCGAUAGCGAUGCGUGGGGCUGCGCAUCGCUAUCGCUGUGAGGGCUACACACGAGUGAUCUGUGCUUAAAAUCUAAGCAAUCUAGUCAGAUUGCUUAGAUUUUAAGCAUGGAUCUCUCCGUGAGUACCCCCCUUAAAUCUUCUACAGUUGCCCUACAGAUUUUGUCCACUGAAAACCUUUCAAAUGGGGGGGCAGGUUAAGUUCAUACUUACAACAUGCUGAAAGGUAAUCAAAGCUUCAAAGUUUCAAAAAUGUCUCUGAGACAUCGGCCAACAUGAGCAAGCAACUGUAUUGCAUGAGGAAAUACUAACAUUCCAAAUGUAUUCUUAUUUGUGUUUAUUUGACACUAUUUACCAUUGCACAAGUCAUAGAGCUGGAAUAUUGUAUAUCCAUACAUUCUACAGGCACUGUUUACUGUUUUUAUUCCAUUAAUAUAAGAACGUUUUAAAUCAUUAUGGAUCUGUUUUGGGUGUAAAGUUGUUGCAUAUGAACUUCCUUAUAUUUUCAGUAAUAAGAUCUAGGCACCGGAGGCUGGAGGGAAUCUAGUACCAUGAAAUGUAAAGUGGUAUAUAUAUUUACCCAAUUCACAUAUACAUUUUUAUUCUCCUCCACCCCCAAAGCCAGAGCUGCAGGUGCAAUGCUAUAAAAAAAGUCUGUAUCUUUUUCUUCUGUUACAUAUUCAGAUACCAGGACUGCUGUAUAUUUUGCACUUGUGUAGUGUUAUGUUACUUUAUUUAUUGUGCUAUUUAUAACUGAACCAAUCUUGACUGUGAAUUAUUUUAAGAGCAUAAUUUGACUAUAGAACCGGAUAACCUGGUUGUUCUAAAAAGGUUUAACAGAAGUUUUUGUGCAUUCGCUUCAUGCACGGGAUACAUAUUCUACCAACUAUAAAAGGUGCAGAAUUAGUUUUGGCCUAACUUGUGUCCGUUUAAUUUUGUUUCUUUUAUUAAUAUCGGGUAGACUUAAUGCACUUUAUGUCUGGCUGCCUAGAAUGUGAAACCCAAAGGAAUACACAAUGUAGUACUCGAUUUGUAUUUUCACAGGGAUAGCUGCCAGUUGGUGGUGAUGCCUUUUUUUUUUUUUUUUUUUUUUUGUAUAUUAUUUAGUAAGUGUAUUUGUAAUUUGGAGUAGAAAUUUGAUUCUGUGUUUAAAUAAAGGUUUAUACAAAUAAAAAGUUCUUAUAUCCAGAAA